CCCACCAUGUCUAGUUUAGACCAGGUAGUGCAGCCUUGGUUAGGGACUAUAAGACAGACAGACAGACACACAGCACAGUCCACCACUACCCACUCUUCAGGAUGAAGAUCUUUUUGCUCCUGUCUCUGCUGGCUCCUGUAGCCGUCCUCUCUCAGGUCUACCUCCCUCUGAACUGUGAUGACAUCUAUCAAUAUGACAACACCAAACCCAGUGGGGUGUACACCAUCUACCCUGGGGGUCCCACCACCCCCUUGCACGUCUACUGUGACAUGAACACGGAUGGAGGGAGGUGGACUGUGUUCCAAAGGAGAAUGGAUGGAACAGAGAACUUUUACAGACCCUGGGCACACUACAAAUCUGGCUUUGGUAAUGUGGCUGGAGAGUACUGGCUGGGUCUGGAUAACAUCUUCCUCCUGACGUUGAGGAAGAAGAAUGAGCUGAGAGUGGACAUGGAGGACUUUGAGGGAGGGAAGGUUUAUGCUAAAUACACAUCCUUCUCCAUUGAUCCUGAGAACUAUGGAUACACACUGAGACUGGGCACUUAUGUAGACGGAGGGGCAGGGGACUCCUUGUCGUUUAGCAAUAGCAUGAAGUUCAGCACCUACGACAAAGAUCAAGAUACCUCGGAAGAGCACUGUGCCCGGCGCCACCUGGGUGGAUUCUGGUACAGUGCCUGUACGCAUGCUAACCCUAACUCCCUGUACGCCCCACAUCCGGAAACAUCUUUCACUCAUGUGUCUGUUUAUUGGGAGCACUGGAAAGGGGUAGACUACUCUCUGAAAAGCAUUUCCUUUAAGAUCAGGGCUGUCUCUGAUGCUGUGGCUGUUCAGGAGCAGGAGUAACAUACCUGACUCUAUCAGUCCUGACCUAAUGUCACCAUCUCUAAAUGACUCCACAAAUACAAUGUGGAGGAGGGGGCACCAGAGCUAGCCAGUCAGACACUAACACCUAGAGAAUAAUAUGGUCACUACAUUAUCACCAUAACACUAACACCUAGAGAAUAAUAUGGUCACUACAUUACACUAACACCUAGAGAACAAUAUGGUCACUACAUUAUCACCAUAACACUAACACCUAGAGAAUAAUAUGGUCACUACAUUACACUAACACCUAGAGAACAAUAUGGUCACUACAUUAUCACUGUAACACUAACACCUAGAGAACAAUAUGGUCACUACAUUAUCACUGUAACACUAACACCUAGAGAACAAUGCAGUCACUACAUUAUCACUACAUUACACUAACACCUAGAGAACAAUGCAGUCACUACAUUAUCACUAUUACACUAACACCUAGAGAAUAAUAUGGUCACUACAUUACACUAACACCUAGAGAAUAAUAUGGUCACUACAUUACACUAACACCUAGAGAAUAAUAUGGUCACUACAUUACACUAACACCUAGAGAACAAUAUGGUCACUACAUUAU